UCUGCCCAUUUUCUUGCAGCAUACUCCGUUUCUGGUUGAUCAGUGCAAACCUGGUGGAAAUGUGAAAUGUGUGAUAGCUCUUAUGGUAGCCUAUUGGGAGAAGAAAUAGAGAAUGUAUUCAUAUGCACUGGGGAAAAGGUUGGAGGGAGGAUCAUCCUCGAUUAGGUUCCUGGCCAGAAGAAGGCUGAAAUGUGGAUGAGUGGAAGAGGUACAUGUGACAGCGUUGCAGCUAUGAGUGGAAUUUUAAAGAGGAAGUUUGAAGAAGUUGUCGGCGCCUUAUCCUGCUCCUCGGUGUGGGAAUUAGACGAUGAGGUUUCUAGCGGUGACGGGACAGGCAGCGGCGAAAUCGUACGUCCACCCACUUUUAAGCAUUUUACCCGAAAAAUUAAGGAAAUAUCCACAGAUUGAAAACAUGGUUUUAGCAGCUUGAAAUCUGCUGGGAAAAACUGGAGUUUGUGAAAAGUAUAAGGUGCAUGCGACAGCGUUGCAGCUAUGAGUGGAAUUUUAAAGAGGAAGUUUGAAGAAGUUGACGGGCACCUCACCCUCUUCCCUCCGUGCGGGAAUCAGACGUAUGAAGUUUCCAGCAGUGAAAGCGCUGACAGCGGCGAUAGUGUCAACCCAUCCACUUCCAGUCAUUUCACCCCGUCGUCAAUCUUGAAAAGGGAGAAGCGGCUGAGGACGAAGAAUGUUCGCUUCAGCUGUGUUACAGUGUAUUACUUCACCAGGAGGCAAGGCUUCACCAGUGUGCCCAGCCAAGGAGGAAGCACUCUGGGCAUGUCCAGCCGCCAUAACAGUGUGCGCCAGUACACCCUCGGUGAAUUCGCCACGGAACAGGAGAGGCUCCACAGAGAGAUGUUGAGAGAGCACCUUAGGGAAGAAAAACUGAACUCUUUAAAAUUGAAGAUGACGAAAAACGGCACGGUGGAAUCUGAAGAAGCCAACACUCUCACGCUGGAUGACAUUUCUGAUGAUGAUAUUGAUUUAGACAAUACGGAGGUGGAUGAGUACUUUUUCCUCCAGCCUCUGCCAACCAAGAAACGGAGGGCCCUGCUGCGAGCCUCUGGCGUGAAGAAGAUUGACGUGGAAGAGAAACACGAGCUGCGGGCCAUCCGCCUCUCGAGGGAGGAUUGCGGCUGUGAUUGCCGGGUGUUCUGUGAUCCAGAAGCCUGCACUUGCAGUCUUGCGGGCAUCAAGUGCCAGGUGGAUCGUAUGUCCUUUCCCUGUGGUUGCACUAAAGAAGGGUGUAGUAAUACAGCAGGUAGAAUUGAAUUCAAUCCCAUCCGGGUCCGGACUCACUUUUUGCACACGAUAAUGAAGCUUGAACUGGAAAAGAACCGAGAGCAGCAGGUUCCGGCCCUAAAUGGCUGUCACAGUGAGCUGAGCGCUCCCAGCAAUGCCAUGAUUCCAGCCGCACACCCCGUAGAGUAUUCUAUCGCCGAGAACUUUGAGAUCGAAACAGAGCCGCAGGCUGCGGUGAUACGUUUGCCAUCUGCUGAGGAACUGGAUUGUCCAGGCGAGGAAGAAGACGAGGAGGAAGACGGGAGCAGCUUCUGUAGCGGCGUGACGGAUUCCAGCACCCAGAGUUUGGCCCCCAGCGAGUCGGAUGACGACGAGGAAGAGGAAGAGGAGGACGAGGAAGACGAGGAGGACGAAAAAAGCGACGAUUUUGUGGAGACGCUGGACCCCCACGCUGAGGUUGUGCCCCUUUCUUCGGUCCUUUGCUACUCUGACGGCACCGCGGUGCAUGAAAACCACUCUAAAAACACCCCAUUUUACACUAACUCUUCGACUCUCUAUUACCAAAUAGACAACCAUACCCCCGGCACUCCAAACCAGAUUCCUGAGAGCUAUCCUGAAAGGGACACGGUGAAAAAUGGUGCCCUGUCUCUGGUGCCUUAUAACAUGACAUCAGAGCAGUUUGUCGACUACUCGCGGCCAACGGAAGAAAGUUACGGGGGCUCCCAUUACCCGGCAGCCAACCCCUCGGUGAUCGUUUGCUGCUCCUCGUCAGAAAGUGAUAACGGCGUUCCGUGUACUAGCCUCUAUACCGACCCCCGGGCAAGUCACCCCCACGUGGAAUUCCACUCUUACUUGAAAGGCUCGUCCCAGGAGGGAUUCGUCUCCACCCUGAAUGGUGACAGCCACGUUCCUGACCGCCCUGACGAGGGUCCUUUAAGCCUUCCCGAAAAGAGCAGACUGCACGAGGAGUGCAUCAAAUCUCCAGUGGUGGAGACGGUCCCCGUGUAGCGGGCCGAGUUAUCGUAGAAGCAAGCUCCCCAACUCCAGUGCUCCAUAUCUCCUCCGUCAGAUCGUAGACUCAUCAUCGUUUAAGCCGGGAACUGAGAAAACGUAGACUGCGGGCAAAGUUCAAGACAAUUUUGGUUUUCCUUUCUAGCUACACAAAUGUGGCAUUGCACAAAGACAGUCCAUGUUACGAUUUUAAAACAAAUCGAACUGUUUUGAUAAAAAAAGCGCUAAAUUUAAAAAAAAAAACAUCUUUCACAGCCGCCUACCUGUCAAACCAUGUGAAAACUGCCACGCGGUGUAGAUCGGAGUUCCAAGUCUUUGAUUGUCGGGCUCGUGCAACAUUGUUACCUGAUACUUGGAAAUGCUAUGGUUUUUGAAUCAUAAUUUUCAACAUAUUUGAAGAUUAUGGUAACUUUUUAAAUGUAAAAGUAAUUAUUGUAAGAAAAAGGUUUAAUUGUUCCGUAUGUAUUUUAUUUAUGGUAGUUUAGGAAUCAUGUUUUGGUGAAAAUGGACAGCAUGUUCAUUGAUGCUGCGGAUCUAUCGUUCGAGCCAUAGAGCAUGUCCACGCUAAUCACACCUGGACCUCCAUAUGCCUUUUUGGCUCUCUCUUUCUCUUAACCUGACCUUCAGACACUUCCCUUGGUUGAACUAGGCCCGAUUUUACCACUUUGUACAAGUAAAGGAAUCUCUAUGUGCCGACCCAUACGCUUUUUGUCUAAGGGAGGGAGGAAGGACGACGGGCUCGAAGGGUCGGAGCUGUGCCUUCCCCUGGUUAGUGCCCCAGAAAGUAGAAGGAAUUGCCACUUUUUAAAACAGCAUCUGGACUCUUAGCCCGUUCAGCACCUUUGGCCCCAUGCCUGGCGUCCACAUGCACUUUAGUGCCCCUUUGCAGAGCCUUACGAGGUGGAGUGAUUGAACUGUUGAGGGAGAGGAAGGAGAGCUGGAACUGUGGUGGUGUUCAUAUUGUGUCACAGGAGUCUUAAAAAAAAACUGUGAAGGGGCAGUCAAGCCUUUGCUCAUCCAGGUGGGGACUUGUAUCAGUGCUCAGUAGGAACCAAGCCACACUGUUCAGAGGAAGUGUGAAACCAAUGUACACUCCACAACCAAAUUUAUCCUGGAACUUACCGACCUUUUUGAAGUAAUCAGUCCAUCAGUGGUUAUUUACUGAAUGCUUACUGUCAGCGGAGCGUGGUACUAAAUGCUUGGUGGACUACG